CUCUCUCUCAUAAAUAUGCUUCUUUUAUGGUUGAAUUAUUUAAAUCUGUGCUGUUAUUUGACAUUUCUUAAUUUUCUGUUAAUUCAUUUUAUCUAAUUUUGCUUUAAGUAAUUUAUUAUUGUUUUAUAUACGGCACCAAAUGAGCUCACUUGCGGCGCCCUGAUUUGUUUUUCUUCAGUAAUUAUCUCUCUCUCUCUCUCUCUCUCUCUCUCUCUCUCUCUCUCUCUCUCUCAUAAUUUAUAUAUCGUUACAUCGUGGUCAUAAUGUGUCAGGAAGCGGAGUGAGUGCGUGGCACGCUCCACCGGUGACUCAUGUCAGCAGCUGCGUCAGAGGGAGUGUUGCCGCUCGUCAGGGAUUUAACAUUUAUUUCUAUCAAGAAAAUAUCAUAUUUUCUACUCAUUUUCCUUCAAACUGUUACAUUCCUUACCCACCUCAGUAUUGUGGUGAGAGUCAUUGAGAGUAAUAACGUUUUCUUAGCACCACAGCAAAAUAUGUAUGCCACAUUUCUUAAUUGCCGUAUAAAUACUUUACACAUGAUGUCUACUUUUCUUUCAUACAUCAUACUAUUUACGUUAAAAAUGUAUUAGUAUGCGUUAUAUCCUAUUUUAGACUGCUUGGAGACAAGGCAAGCUGGACACACAUGCUUGGCCCCACCACAGCCCUCGUUUAGGAGCGGUGUUACUGUAAGUAAGACCAGUGAACAGAACUUUUACGUCCAAGUAGAGGCUGCGUGGUGAAGACUGUGACAGUAAACGAAGCCUGUGAACACGGCGUUCUGUGAUUAACCCAGCUCCUCAACGACACAGGUGAACUUCUGCGGUCAAAACCGCCACACCACGGGCACUCCCCUUAGGCCUCAGCGUGUGGAGUCACGUCGAUAACCCGAGACUUCGUGCACUCGGCCACUGCUCAACAACAUGACGAUGCCCUCGACGCCCACCGUCCACGUCCUCACAAUCCUGAGUGGGCUGGGUGAUGCCGUCUCCAGCAGGCUGCCGGGGACAAAGGUGGUCAACGUUCGCACAACAGACAUGGGCUUCGACGGAGAGGUUUAUAAAAAGAUGAGCAGAAGAUUGACGGAUGAAGAACUGGACCUCGUCGCGGACACAGAGAUACUGCUCACCCACACGUUUACUUUCAUUCAGAUAUUGAAACGCAAGGGUCCGGACUUCCUCACGAGGCUGCGGUGGGUGCACUGCAUGUCGGUGGGCGUCGACAACUUGGUGGAUUUCUUGGGACCUGAGCCGCCCUUCGUUGUGACCCGCAGCACCGAGGACGCCGCGCCGGCCCUCAUGGCCGAGCACGUGGUGGGCCAGAUCCUGUGCCACGAGCGCGGCUGGCGCCCCAUCUACCUGAAGCAGCUGAGCAAGGACUGCCGCGGCUGGGGUCAAUUCCAGGAGUACCGCGGCCUGGCGCAGCUGACGGUGGGCGUGAUGGGCGUCGGCAACAUGGGCCGCGCCACGGCCGGGGCGCUCAAGGGCUUCGGCUGCCGCGUGCUCGGCCUGGCCAGGGUGCCGCGCGGCGGCGCCGCGGCGGUGCCCGGCGUGGACCGGCUGUGGUACGGGCGGGAGGGCCUCCCCGCCUUCCUGCAGGAGUGUGACUACGUGGUCAACACGCUGCCCUCCACGCCCGCCACGCGCGGCUUGCUGGGCGGCGACGUGCUCAGCGGGGCCGCCAGGAGGCCGGUGCUGGUCAACGUGGGCCGCGGGGACGUCAUCAGCGAGGCAGACCUCCUGAGGGCGCUGGGGCAGGGCUGGCUCUCCGCCGCCCUGCUCGACUGCACGGAGAAGGAGCCGCCCGCCGAGGACAGCCCCCUCUGGACACAUCCGCGGGUCGUCAUGACACCUCACACGUCAACCAUCGCAAACAACGACUUCAAGCGCGAGUCCGUCGCCAAAGACUUCUGUGCCAAAUUUGCCAAGUUCCUCGCCGGGCAGCCGCUCGCCGGGCAGGUGGACUGGCAGGCCGGCUACUGAGGUGCGGGCGCUGAGGGAGCAGAGCAGCCCUUCACGGAACGGGGUGGGCUGCGACCACUGGAAUGUGCCUUGAUGAAGUAACCCUCUCUAGACCAACACCUUUGUUCAGGCAGCCACCAACACCGAGCCUCAUGGCCAACACUGGCGCCGCGAACACUGCGCACACACGCCAAUGUGUUCAGCGAUGUGCAGGGCUUUCUAGAGUACGAGUGUGCUGUGCCGUGCUGUAUAGUGUGGUAUGGUGCUGACGAGAGAUAAAUAAUACUUUCUCACGGUUUGUUUGUAUCAGGCAACAGAGAGAGAGAGAGAGAGAGAGAGAGAGAGAGAGAGAGAGAGAGAGAGAGAGAGACUGACUCAAGUGGUUUAGAGAGGACGUCCAGAGACACUUACUUUACCCCCGCUACUUCACCCCUUGAGUGUCAUCCCUGUGUAGGGGUCUGGCGAUAACGGAGAUACGCGCUCAAUACCUUAACUAACCCUUGGACCGAAGAUGAUACUCUUCCUGAUUAUGAAAAGGACUUAAGAACGAGAAACUAGUCUGAAAAUUUGUCUUUUUAGGAUGAGGAAAGUAGAUAUUGUAUUAGUAGAAGCCUCUUGGUCGACGGGGCAACCACUCUUACCAGCCGCACGCACGUGUCUACUGCCCAACCCCGCCCCAAUCCACCUUUCUAUCCAGGCACAAACAAACAAACACUUAUACACACACACACACACACACACACACACACACACACACACACACAUUCUAUCAUUCCCAGCCCCACAACUCUUAACUCAUGAUUACGACUCUGUCUGGUACUAUCGCUCGUUAACAGGCCGCGGCGUGUGGAGUCACGUCGAUAACCCGAGACUCCGUGCACUCGGCCACCGGUCAG